AUGCUUAUCAAGGUGAAGACGUUGACAGGAAAGGAGAUUGAAUUGGACAUUGAGCCCAAUGAUAAAGUGGAAAGGAUCAAAGAGAAGGUGGAGGAAAAAGAAGGCAUACCACCACCUCAACAACGUCUCAUUUUUGCUGGCAAGCAGAUGAAUGAUGAUAAAACUGCACAAGACUAUAAGGUUGCGGGUGGAUCAGUUCUUCAUUUAGUACUUGCUUUGCGUGGUGGUGAAGUUGCACAUAUCAGCUACUAA